AUCCAAUGCCCAAGGAAGAGGCCAAACCACAUAUCCAUGGAAGUCCAGACGAAGGGCUUCCGAGGUUCCACAGAUUAGCACACAUGUAAAUCUUGGGCGUUGGAUUCACUUGUUCUUGCAUGCAUUCAUGUUCUUAUCCCCUUUUGAAUGAGAGGUCGACAAUGAUCUGCGUCUUCUCUUUUCGAGCUUUGAUGUGAAUCUUGUUUCAGAUCACCCAAGUCUUCUUCACUGACCGCAACGAGGUUUACUGGGGGCAGUGAGCGAGCUACGUCGAGUGGAAUAGAUACGGAACUACUCGGUUGUUGUUUUACCAUAGUUAAGCUUCAUCAUUGAUCGUCCAAAGACUGCUGCAGAGCAGAUUGUUUGCGAGCACGCAGUCAAAGGCGACGGAGGCCAUCGGCUCUUUUUUGGCCAUAUGGGAAUGGAGGAGUGGUGGUGACGCCGGGGGCCACUCGUCCUCCGCUGCUUUGUCCUGGCUCGGUCUCGGAAGCCUUGUUGCAUGGCUUUUCCCAAUCCCUGAAAUGCUCCUUCCUGGGCCUCGAGAUCAGCGACCGGAGCCAAUCCCAGGGAGAAAGGGGUGCGCAGACACCCACAGAGAGGGCAGGAUGGGUAUCCGGCACGCAAGCGAUGGUGGUCGUCCGGCCAUGAACAACACUGCCUCUCUUUUCUGCGAGUAGGAACGGCUCUCCCUGCGUCGAGUGAGUUGGAACGGGAAGAUCAACAGCAGCAGCAAAAGCGAUCAUUGCCGGGCCAACUUGUGGUCGAUAUGCUACUGUUGUGGUGGUCCUGGCGUCAGCAGUAGCCGACGGAGGAGGAGGAGGAGGAGGGGCGGAGAAGGUUAAAGGGAGAGGAAGGGGAACAAAAAAGGCAGGGGGAAGCAGGAAGCGCAGCACAGAGCCAAUAAUUUCGAUCCCCCCUCCCCCAAACCUAUCUUUUUCUCUCCGAAAGUUAGAUUUCAGUUGCCUCAGAUUCCCCUCGCCACUCUCACUUUUUUUGUCCCUUGCUUUCUUUGUUUUCUUUCCUCUCCUCCCCUUUCUUUCCCCCCUCUCUUCAUGGGAGUCUCCAACCGGGAUCGGGGCCUCUUCUUCUCCUCCUUCCUUCCUUCCAUGGAGAUCUUUUAGGCGUGGAGCAAAAUGUUUACAUCAGUGGCUAUGCGUGAGAGCAUUGGUGGUGUGGCGACGACGACGGCGACGGAGAUGAUGAUGGUGGCGUCGACAAGAGGAGAUUUGGACCUGAACGACGCGCCACCGCCGGCCUACGAGUACCCCGUGAUGGAAGGAUUGAAGCACGCCAUGAUUCAGCAUGAGAUGGUGUUCAAGAACCAGGUGCGGGAGCUCCAUCGACUGUACUGGAGGCAGAGGAGUUUGAUGAACGAGGUUUACUGGAAACAGUAUGUUCCGAUGUCACCCCACCAGCAACCGGCGGAGAAGAAAGCCGGUGACAUGCGAUCUUGCUUGCCUACGGUGAAUUGGAUGGGGAUGAAGGGAACUUCUUCAGAAUUACACACCAACAGUCUCAAGAGCUUUGACCUUCAUCUUCCUGCGGAUCGAAGUAUUCAUGAUGCUGCCAAAGGGGUCACUAAUGCAUUCGUUGAAGUACACAGUUCUGGUUUCGGUGAAUGUGUUCUUGGUGCAAGGCAUUCAUCUGGUUUCAAAGCAAUGACAGAUGAUGCUGCAAAUCCGAGUCAUUCUCGAGUCACUGUUUCAUCUGAAUUUUGUUCAGUGAGCAGAAUCUGGAAUGAGUCUGGUCAUAGGCUGUCAGAGAAAUGUUCCCAUACGGAGCAUCAAAAUGAGAGAUGGCAAGAACAGAACAUCCACUCAAAUGCUGGAUUAAAAGAACAUGGAGGCUUUCUAUCUGCUGAUUUUCUCACUGAGAAGCAACAACCAAAAUACAAACUUUUUCACAUUGACCUGAAUGUAGCUCAAGAUGAUGAACCUGUCGAUGUUUUUCCAAAUACCGUAGAAACAUUUCCUUCUCCAUCCACAAGUUCAUCAGUUGUUUGCCAUGGAGAUAAAUUGAGAAUUUCAAGAAGCAAUAGGAGUGAAAAAGAAUCCACUGUCACGGUUCAGCCUGGUCUUGUUUGUCUUGGUUCAGAAAACUCAAGGGAAAAGAGUGAUAACUCUUUGCCUCAUGAAGCUAGAGAUUCUUAUCCUCCUUCAGUGCAAGCAUCAGUACAAAGUAGUAAUGUUACAGACAAUAAUUGGAACUACAAAGAACACAUUGCUGACAAUGAAGUUUGCGGGUCUGGCAUCAGGAGCUCUGAAGAAUGUUGCAAAAUUUUGGCGGAAAGAUUUUCUAGGGACUACAAUGGGAAAACUCAGGGCAGGACUAAUGGAACAGUUCUUACAGACUUCCAUUGCGCUGGAAAGAAAAAUAUUGACUCAUCAGCUGGUCAGAUUAGCUUUGUUGCACAUAGUGGUAACAGAAAGAAUGCCUCAAUUUCCAGCAAUAAUAUGGAAAACAGCUACUUACAUGCAUCUGCCAGGAAUACCAGUCUGCCACCAAAUAUAUGCGGAGGAUUGGAAGAUAAGGAGACACAUAACGAAGGGAGUGAUGAAGAUACUGUUUCAAGUCACGCCAUAGCUCCAGAUGAAAAGCAUCGAGAUGAACUUAAACAGUGUCCUAUUGGGAUUAUGCACAAUCAAUUAACUGGAGACAGUGAAUGUACCUCGAAGAAGAAAAGUGUAGCAGAUCAUGCAGUUAUCUCCAAUUUAGAGAAUUCUGUAACUACUCACUCGGACUCGGUAAUGCCUGAAGGGAUUUGUAGGAAACAAGUUCCAAAUAUUGAAGCCUCCAGCCAUACCUGCAUACAGGACAAACCAUGCAAUUCUAAGGCAUUACCACCUAAAGAAGAUCUAGCUCGAAUCACAAAACUGGAUAAUAUUAUUUUGAAGGCAGCUGAAAUGCUUCUAUCUAUGUCUUCAGAGAACCCACUACAUUCCUUAGAUCAAUUGGCUAACCAUGGGCAGGCAGAAUCUGAAUUCACUGAAGGCAAUGAUCAGCCUCGGUCUUCUGAUUCUUUUGAAAUAAUGACUCUCAAGCUGCCGGAGGAGGUCACGGAUGUUAGCUCAAUCUGUGCUACGCAAAUCGACAACGAAACAAGGAAGGACGUAUGUGGUGUUAGGCUACGUAGGGGAACACGAUUACGGGAUUUCCAAAAGGAUAUAUUGCCAGGUAUGGUCUCUCUUUCUAGGCAUGAGAUCUGUGAAGAUCUUUAUGCCAUUAAGCAUGAGUUUAGGAAGAAGAGAUCUCGCAAGGUGCUUGAGGAUAAUUGGUUGCGUCCCGUAAGGAGUAGGCGCUCGAGUCUCUACAAUGUCAGCAAGAGGCGCUGAGAGUCGAAACCGUGUCAAACUUACAUUUAUGGAUUUUGCAUUCAAGAUUUUAGAGACUCAAAUUCUGUAACAUAGAGCUUUCUAUCAGUUGAUAGAUUAUUGCAUUUACUUUUAAUUCAUUCUCUUUGAAGUCCUUUGUCGUA